AUGAAGAAAUCUAUCAGCGUUACUGCGGUCAGUAUUCCACAAAACAAAGUUAGCGCUAAGUCAAAUGUAUUGAAACCACUCCCACUCAACAUCCAAAAAGGCUUGGAUUUGAAGAAAAAUAAUCCAAAAGAGACCUCAUAUGAUAAAAAUGUGAGGUACGAAUAUAACAAUAUUUCAACUAUCAAGGCUUCUACAGGUAGCAAAGUUUUUUCUAAGCCUAAGACAAUAUCAACAGAAGCUGACACUAAAACAUCUACGUAUUCCCCAGCCUUAGCACACUUUUCAAAGGCAGUAGCUACUAACGCCAUUGACACAGCUUCCCAAGCCGAUGCUUCCAUCACGGCUUCUAAACCAAGAAUCGUUUCUGAAUCGAAGCUUGUUGCUUUGUAUGUUGGUGAUUUAGAUGAGAAGGUCACUAACAACGUGUUAUUGGAAACAUUUUCCAGAGUUUGCUCAGUUGCAUCUGUGAGAGUCUGUUAUAACACAACCACUGGUGACUCUUUAGGUUAUGGUUAUGUUAAUUUUUUCAGUUCUGCAGAUGCUGACAAGGCCUUGGAGACCUUGAAUUACACCAAAAUAUUGAGCUCGGAAAUUAGAAUAAUGCCAUCGAUUAGAGAUCAAACCAAAAGGAACAAUAGCUGGGGUACCAAUGUUUUUUUUUCGAAUUUACCGGAAGAAUUGACUACAAGGAAGUUUUAUGAGACUUUCCAAGAAUUUGGUGGUAUUUUAUCUUGUAAACUUAAUUACGGGAAGAAACAGGGAUUCAUUUUGUUCAAAAAGAGAGAGGAUGCAGCGAAGGUGGUUGAUACUUUUAACAAGAAAAAUUUAAUGGGAUCAACCUUAUACGUUGGUAUCCACACUGCCAAAGAAGAGAGAGAUAAACAAAAAUUAAUAUUAUCUACUGUGAAAGACCAACAAAAGGUUGCCGUUUUUGUUAAAAACUUGCCAAUUAAUAUAUCAGAGCCUCUUUUGCAAUCUGAAUUUGAAAAAUUUGGACAGUUGAUCUCCAUUUUUAUAAAGCCAGUCGUCCGACUUGCAGCUUGUUGGGCAUUGAUCACUUUUAAAAGCUUAAAAGAGGCUAAUGAUGCGAUCACUGAAUUGAAUGGAAAGCUGUUCGGUGACAAUAAAAUAUCUUGUUCUAUUGCUAAAAAGAAAAGCAACGAAAAAUUAUCUUUAUUGAAACCGUCUAAUGUUAUUUGUUUUAAAAAUCUACCAAUUGAUUUGUCUCAAAACAACUUGUUGGAAAUGUGUUCAAAAUUUGGCACUGUGAAAAGUAUGGUUUUUCAAAUCACUAAUGAAAGUGAUGAGCCAAAGAAUGUGGCUUUAGUUGAAAUGAAGAGCGAACAAGAGGCCUUAGCUGUAUCUGAGAAAUUGUACCAAACUAUGGCUACAAAAAAUCAUGUUUGGAAAAUCUCUAUGUGGCAUGGAAAGUCAGAGAAAAAGGAUGAGGAAAAUGAUUCAGUAAGCUUUGUUCUAGGCGACAAUCCAGGAAGUAAUUUAUUAGAAGAAGUUAACAUGUAUAACAACACAUGGAGUAGGAAACAGAAAGAGAAAAGAAUCCCAAUAAGCUAUAAUGAAAAUUCCAUGGCCAAUUUGACUUUUGACAAACAAAGACCCUGGAUGAUUCCUAUUUCCCCUGUACCACAUCAUAAUUUUCAGAAUAUUCCCUUAAAUGCGAAAUUUCCAAAUCCUCAAUUGUUGAUCCCAAAUAUAAUGCCAGUUCCAAAUACUAAUGGAUAUAGGUUUUUGGAAAGGAGAGAAAUGAUAGAGAAAACAAUUUCAGAUUUUAAAAACAUAAUCCAAAACAUUGUUAGAACUUCAGAUAAACUCUCUACUAAUAUUGCUGUUAACAACAUCCAGAUUAUUACUGAUUAUAUUCUUGAAGUUUAUUGGAGAAACGAUAUCAUUGCUCUUAGUAAGCAAUUAACCGGUUACAAAGUCAACCAAAAGGACAAUAGUUUGAUAAGGUUACAACUUGAAAAAGCCGUUCGUAAUUUGAGGAAUCUUGACCUCAUUUGA